GUUUUCAAGGAAAUGAUCUCUUGAUGGCAAAUGCUGAAGAAAAUUUUGAAGAUGGAGGAGGGGAAAGUGUAACUGUUACAAUUGCUUUAGAUUUGCCAGAAUCUGAAAAUAUUAAAAAUACACGGAAUGAAACUUUUGUUGAUAAUAUUGAGGUUGAUGAUGAAUUUUUAAAUUUUCUUUCAAUUCCUUUACCAAUUUCCCCCUCAGAAUUAAUUUCAAAUUUUAAACAAAAAAAUUCUUUAUUUUCUUCUAUUUUAAUUAAAGAUAUUUCUUUUGAUUUAAAAAAUAUUUUGGAAAUUCGGUUAAGUACUUCUUCUUGUGGUUCUAUGCGAAAUUGGGAAUUUUUAGCUGCUUGUAUGGGGUUAAGUAUUGAUGAAAUUGUUGGAAUGAGGAAAAAUGAAAACCCAAUAAAUAUUUUACUUCAAAAAUUUUCUGAUGAGUAUUUUCUUAAAUUAUUAGAGCUUAUUGGGCAAUCUGGCCGUGUUGAUGUUUUACUUGCUUUAGAACCAUUUAUUGGAAAAAUUUCAAACGAAAGAAAAUUAAAUAAAAAUAUUACCCAAAAACAACAACAAAUAAAUCCCCCUAUUAAUUUGAGGGAUUCUUGUCUCUUAACUUUUUCAUCAGAUAUACAAAGGCAAAAUUCUUCUUUAAUUUUACAAAGCCCAUUUAUUUUUAUUUUGCAUCACGAAAAUAAAAAUAAUAAAGAUUUGAGACGUUUACAGAAAAUGUUUAUUAAAAAUUUGGAAAGAUGUGCUGCAGAACGAGGAAAAAAGGUUUUGGAUGUCGAUAAUUGCUUUUCUGGGGAGGAUUUAUUUGGUUCAAUUCAAAAAUAUUUUGAAAAUGCUUCACAAAUUCUUUUGGCAUUAUCAAGUGAUUAUUUUGAAAUAAUUUGUUCAGAUAAUGAACAAAUACAAGAAUUGGAUCAAAAAAUACAAUUAAAACGUUCUUUGCAUCAAAUGACUUUUCAAGAAGUUUUUUAA